CGGCGCAGACGUGCCGCUUUCCGGCGGAGCGUCGCCCUGAGCGCAUUCCAGCUGACAGAGCGUGUCCGUCGCGUCGGACAGGCCGCGCAUUCUUCGGCCGCUCCUGGUUCAGGGUGAACUGCGAGUGACGGAGGCCGUUCAGACUGCUGUCCCGGAGCGGGGCGGUUCGGGUGCGGGCCGUUACCCCGCAGGUGGACCGGACUGAGGACUCGCUGCCAAAUGGACCGCGAGAGGCAGCCGGUCACCGCCGUGUUCGGGGAGUCCAAAACUCUGACUAGAGUUUGACCUCCCUGCUCCUGCCCAUGGCGGGCUGCUGGCACUGGUGCCACCGCACCUGCGUGUGCUUCCUGUCGGAGGAGGAGAAGAGGAGCAUCGCUAUAGACCAGGAGAUCAAGAGGAAGCUGAAGCAGCAGAAGCAGAAGGAGAAGAGGGAGAUCAAAAUCCUGCUUCUAGGAACUGGAGAAAGUGGAAAAACCACCUUCAUCCGACAGAUGAGAAUCAUCCACGGGCGAGGCUUCUCAGAGGAAGAGAGAAAAGCGUUCGCCAAAUGUAUCUUCCAGAACAUCUUCACUGCAAUCAAGGCCAUGACAGGAGCCAUGACCAUGCUGAAGAUCCCCUACGGCAACUCUGAGAAUGAGAUGUACGCCACGUGGUUGCAGGACGUGAACACAGCACAGAUCACACGGCUGGAGUGGCGGUACGUCGACGCCAUCCACCGCCUCUGGGGAGACACGGGGAUCCAGAUCUGUUACAGCCGCCGCUGCGAGUACCAGCUCCUGGACUCCACGGAGUAUUAUAUGAAAAAUCUGGAUCGCAUCUCGAUGGAAGACUACAUCCCCACCGAGCAGGACGUGCUGCGCGUUCGCUUUCCCACCACGGGCAUCCACGACUACGCCUUCAACAUCAAGACCAUCACACUCAGGAUCGUGGACGUGGGCGGUCAGAAGUCGGAGCGCCGGAAGUGGAUCCACUGUUUUGAGGACGUCACCUCCCUCAUCUUCCUGGCCUCCAUGAGCGAAUACGACCAGGUUCUGGAGGAGAGAGAAGGCAUUAACCGCAUGAGGGAGAGUCUGGCUCUGUUCUACACCACCAUCCAUUCUCCGUGGUUCAACAACACCUCCAUCAUCCUCUUUCUCAACAAGACCGACAUUCUGGCCGACAAGAUUCGCAGCUCGGACCUGAAGCAGUACUUCCCCAGCUUCGCAGGCAGGAGCCAGGACCCACAUGACGCCAUGAAAUUCAUCCUCAAGAUCUACGAGCAGCAGGCCCUCAACAUGCAGAGCAGCGGCGACAGGAAGACCCUGUACCCGCACUUCACCUGCGCCACGGACACCAACAACAUCCGGCGGGUCUUCAGCGACGUCAAGGACACGGUGCUGGUCCGAGCCCUCAGGGACUACGGAGUCAUGUGACGGGAAGGCGGCGAAAGAAGAAAAAACCCGCUCCUUCCUCUUUUCCUCACUCAUCGGGUUUGAUUGAAAAAGCCGACGGAGAUGGAGGUCCCUCUGAAGGGGAAGCGCGUCCGUGGGGAGCGUGGGAAAAACUGUAAUCGAACUCCUGAUCCUCCACCUUUUUUUGACUCUGUUCAGAUGAAGAAGAACUCGGCUCGUGCGGCUGGUGAAUCGAUCCAUAAUUGAAGCAGAGACGCUCUGCGGCCGUUAGCCGAGUAAUGACUUUUCCAGGUGAGAUGCACCGAGCCGCCGCCCACUCAGAAUUCCUUUUUACCUUUUUUUAAAAAGGGGCGGAGUUUCUCUAUUCUUUUUCACAGUUCCAUCAAUGGAUGAAGCACUCCUGAUAUAAAAAGUUUAGAUUCUGGCUUGUUUGAGAUCUAAAGCUGUAAAUAUUCAAAAUAAGCUAAAAGUAAGAAGAAAAACUUGUAACUGCUAAUAUUUUACUGUAACUUUUUAACCGUUAACACGAUCAUUCCAGUAGAUU